AUGGAGGUAAAUCACAGAGGGAAUAAACAAGAAAAGAAAUUUGAUGAUUUAGAGCCUCCAUCACCGAUUUCAAAGGUAUUUUCGUGCAUUUCAAAGGCGGCAUCGAUGAAAUCAUAUGCAAUAGCGCCCUUCAGUCCCGAGUACUCCUUCAGAGUUAAAUCGAUUGGCUCCAGAGGCCAUUCUGGGCCCAUUAUACCUAUUAUCCCUAAAGAAGCUUUGAGAUCGAAGAGAGGUGGCGGGCUCGAAUCCCAGGAGCCUGGUUCUCCCAAGGUGUCCUGUAUUGGCCAGGUUAAGCUCAAGGCAAAAGGCAGCCGCAAUUUGAAUUGCAAGGAUAAGGGCGGGUCCAGGGUUCGACCCCCUUUAACGCUCAAAGAAUUGGGGAGGAUGGUGAAGGUGAGUAGACUUUUUCUGGGCAAGAUGCAGACUGAAAAGGCAGUUUCAGUUUCAGUUUCAGCUCAGCUGCCCAAGGACGAGGGAAAUGAAUGUUCUUCUGUUGGGCAGAUGAAAAGAUUUGCGUCCAGGCGUGAGUCCCCUGCGCUUGCAAAUUUUUAUGCACAUUCACAAGAUUUAGUAAAUGAAAAGGAUGAAUGUGGGGCUUUUUCUGAAGAUGAUGAGGUGUGUGAGGUUAAUUUAUCGUCUGUGAUCGCUGAAUUGAAGUCUCGGACAAAUUCUGAAAUACGUUUGUGGGAACGGAGUCACGUUGAAUUUUCUCAGACCCCAUCGGCGGAGGGCAGAUAA